AUGCCUUGGACCGCGACCUCGGCUGAGCAAGCGAAGCUUGAGUGCGGAGACCGCGUUCAACCGUCUCUGGCAGCACAACUCGAACCUCCAUGUCACUCCUCGACAUACCAUCCGCACACAUCACAAAAUGCGGUCAAUCUCAACUUUUGCUCGCCCGACGAGAUCUCUUUCCGUUACAGCACAGAGGAGUUUGCGGCGAUGCUUCUCAAGCUCUCAUAA